AUGGAAACGAAGGAUUUCGAAUUCCGACCAACCAAGGAGGGCGCCCGUUCGAAGAGCCCUGGUGUCAUUGGCCGAUUGAGCAAUUUCGCUCGCUCCAAAACACGUCAUUCGCUGAACGAGAAGACCUCCAAUUCUACUACAUUCAAUGAAAAACCCAAAAAGGAUCUCCAUCGUGAAUUCCAGAGGUGUCGCGACAAUAAUGAUCUUCGGCUUGAUCUCAGUUCCAAUGAUAUCACGUCUAUACCGUCUUCGAUCAGGGAUCUGACACAAUUGACUGAGCUGUUUCUGUACAAAAACAAACUUACCCAACUGCCGUCAGAGUUGGGAAAUUUGGUUUCUCUACGAAAAUUAGGCCUGAGUGAAAAUGCUCUCUGUUCCCUACCCGAUUCACUUGCUUCUCUUACGCAAUUAGAAACCUUAGAUCUGCGGCAUAACAAGCUCACAGAGAUACCGUCUGUCAUUUAUCGGAUUACCUCGCUCGAAACGCUCUGGUUACGAUACAAUAGGAUCGUGUCGAUCGGAGAGGAUAUCGGGAAUUUGACCAGACUCAAAAUGAUUGAUUUGCGUGAGAACAAGAUCCACAGUUUACCGGCAUCAAUCGGCAAAAUUAAAUCCUUGGUUGUCUGUCUUCUCAGCUACAAUCACUUAUCGAAGGUCCCUGAUGGUGUGUUUUCUUUCUGCAUUAUAUUUUCUUCCCACAGGCAUGCGUACAUGUAA